GCUGGCUUCCAAUGGUUGGAAAUGUGGAAGUAAACGCGUGCGAGUUUUAAAACAUAAACAAGUCUUUAAUUGAUAAAAUAUAAAAGAAAACAUUGAAAAUGGCUGGACGUGGGCGUGGUGGGAAGACAGGAUCGCUCACUGCCGAGCAGAUGCAGGCGCUAGGCUGCAUGGGCAAAGAUAUGCCACAAGUGCAAACGGCGCCGCCUCCAACAUUUCCACCGCUACUCAACAAACCAAUUUCCCUUGAGACGACUGCCUCACAAAACUAUCAAUUACUGUGGAAAGAAGACUUUUUAAACCGCAUGCGUGAUUCACCAUAUUAUAUUAUUUCAGCCAGCCAGGAGAAAGAACAUAUUAAUGUUAAGGACUGGCGAGAGAAAGCUUUGGAGCGCCUUAAGCAUAGGGCACAGCCUGAAUUUAAUUACAAAGCAAUGCCAAGAGAACUAAAUCUAAACAAUCGCAAACGACGUGCGGCUGAGCCACGACCCAAGCUGAUGCCCAAAAAGACAAACAUUGAGGAUAGACUGAAACAGCUGGAGCAGAAGGAGCUCACAAGCGGUGGUGAAAACGAAAACGACGAAGCCAAGCAGGAUAGCGACUCGGAGCACGACGAGGACCAAGAAGAUCCAGAUGCGACGCUCGACGAUGAGAUGGACGAGGAGAACGACUAUGCCAACGAUUAUUUCGAUAAUGGAGAAGCGUACAAUGAAGAGGACGACAAUAUGGACGAUGGUCCCGUAUAUUAAGCAAAAAAUAAACAUUGUUUGGGAUUGUGAUUUACUAA